UUUCUUCACGUCCAUGUGCUGAGAUUUUAAAAUAAAAACAUUAAAUUUUAUAUUUGAAUCUUAGAAUAGUUCUUUUUUAUAAUAUUUAAUUAUAAUUGUAGCAUAAUUUAACAUUAAAAAGAUGCCAAAGGACAAACCCUAUGUUGAUGAAAUAGUUACCCGCAGUCGGGACAAAUCAACACCAGUUUUAUUAAAAUUCCAAAACGGUGACCUUAAAAAUGCCCACAAGGAUACAACCAUCUAUUUUCCUGCAAAAUGUGAAACGGACCUAAAAAGAAAACGUGCAGUCGUUGUAACCUGCGGAAAUGUUUACUCUGGGCUCAUUGCCGAUGAUCCUGAAGCUCUGACGGACAAUUAUAUUUGCAUUCGCAAUAGAUCAACAAACAAGGUCCGCAUUCUACCGAUUGACCAAGUCAAACUCAUCAACCAGGUCUAUGAGGAGAAACAGAACACCGUAUUCGCCGCUUUGUCCAAACAAACGGCCAAAGAAACAGCCAUGCGAGUCUUUGGUGGUCGCAAGGAUGUACGCAGUCUUAACAACCGAGAACGUAAUAAUGUCAGUAUCGAUGUAUUCCGUGAACAACUGGAGUCCACCGUUGAUAAGUCAGAGGUAACUGAGACUCCAGAGGAGGUCGUGAACACAGACGUCAUCAUCGAUACGAUUCGCCCCAAAUUCAACAAGGACGCCACGAAUUUGCCAAACGUCUACAAUAUAUACGAUGUCAUUCCUCAGGAGCUGUUGGAUCGUCUUGAUGAGGAAGUCAGCGUCCUCAUGACCACAGACAUCGAUGAUAUUCCGAUAUCGUCUGAGUUCCUCAAGAAAUAUAUACUUCAGCUUAAAACUGGACCGAAGUCAAAUCAGGUGAAUCUUAAUAUGAAGAUAAUUAUCUACAUGGACGCUCUUCUCAAGCUCAUAACGUCGAGGGUAAAACGUCUUAAGAAGUUUGAACUCUCGCAAAUCACAGAAAAGGUUGAAAACGAUAUCCGCGAAAGGUUUACCACGGGAAUUGAUAACUCGGCCAUACGAACGACUACGACGAAUGAAAAGGCAAUCUGUUACUUCUUGGUAUUAGCUUUUCUGUUAACUGAAGACUUUCAGCUGGAUAUGAAUGUGCUGUCGUCUGAGCUGGGCAUGUCUAAGGUGAAAAUAGCAAAGUAUGCAAAUUUGAUAUGUGCAGUUCCCAAAGCGAGGUCCAAUUUCUUGCAAAUGAGGCUGCCUACCAAUGUAACGUUUAUCAAGAGUGGUAAAUAUAUGAAGGCAAGGGCAUAAGACUUAUUUUAUGAAGUACAAAAUAUAUGGUAGUUUCGUUAAAUA